AUGCCAUCUACGCUUCGUCUUUUGCAAUGCGUCUGCCUUCUGUGGGCUACCGCAUCUGAUGCGGCUCCUACCCCAGCCCCCAUCCAUGAGCCUCGCUUCAGCGCCCUGGUCGCUGGCAACGUCUCCCUCCGCAUCAUGCCCCUCGGCGCCUCCAUCACCUACGGCGAGGGCUCCUCCACUGGCAACGGUUACCGCCAGUACCUAAAGGACCUCCUCAACGUCGACGGUAACCCCGUUGACUACGUCGGCUCUCGUCAGGGCGGCGACAUGGCGGACAAUGACGUUGAGGGCUGGCCCGGCUACCGCAUCGCCCAGGUCACGGAGAAGGCCAAGGAGUCUCUGCCCGACACGCUGCCGAACCUCGUCCUCAUCAACGCUGGCACGAACGACUGCAUCCAGAACAGCGAGCCCGAGACGGCCGGCGACAGGAUGCUCGAGAUGUUGCGCGCCGUAUGGGCCGCCUCGCCGCGCGUCAGCAUCGUGCUGAGCACGCUGCUCGUCAACAAGGUCGCGUCCGUCGACGAGUGCGUCCGCGGCGUCAACGAGCAGUUCCGCGCCCUCGUCGAAGCCCAGCAGGCCAUCUCGAAAAAGGUCGUCCUCGUCGACUUCCACGCGCCCGAGGGCCCUACCCUCGAUGACCUCGUCGACGACAUCCACCCCGGCGACGCCGGCUUUGAGAAGAUGGCUGCCAUCUGGUUUGAGGGCAUCAAGGACGCCGCGUCCCGGGGCUGGGUCGAGGAGCCCCAAGUCCUGCCGGGGAACGACACGAAGCGCAGCACCCUCGAGACAAGGGUUGGUGCCGCCCUGCGCUCGGCGACGACGGGUGCAAGGGAGCACGCUAAGGCCAUGCUCUGA